AUGAAGAACGACCCUUGGGUUCCAUCUACUGGGACAGCAGUGGUGACUGCAAGUGCCAAUGUAGCUGUAUCACAAGCCAUUCCUGCGGAUCCAUUUUCUGCAUGGGAACAGCAACUGGAACAGACUAAUAAUUCAGAUGUUGCUUCUUCUUCCACUCCUGUCAGUUCGUCCACGACAACGGCUGCUCGAAAAACGCCGGAAAACUUCUUAGGAGAAAAUAGUAAUCUUGUCAAUUUGGACAAUCUUCUUGGUGUAUCUUCCACAGCGAAUUCGAAUUGUGUAAAUCCUUUCCUUCUUGGCUCAUCUUCUAUGGCUAAUCCAUUUGCUUCCCAACAGCGAAAAUCGCCGACUUUGAACGAGAUGCGAGCGGCUCAAGCUUCUGUAGUUCCACCAGUUCCUCAAAUUGGUCCCAGAGUUGGUACACUCCCAGCUCCAGUUCACACAACAAAUGGUCCCAACCCAUUUGUUAGUCAGUUUUAA